CGUCGUCAAUGGGAAGGGAACGCCGCGUUGGAAAAAGCGCUCAGUUUUUAGCCAACUUUCAACUGCACCAUGGUUUGCACUUCAGUUUCGUUUUUGUGGACUAUAUUUUGCCUUCAUUUAUGUUUUUGUGUGAACACUGGAAUAGCACAGAACACAAGAGAGGUGAUCCUUUUGGAUUCAAAGGCGCAGCAGACAGAAUUGGAAUGGAUAUCCUCUCCUUCAAGCGGGUGGGAAGAGAUCAGUGGCUUGGAUGAAAACUACACACCCAUUCGCACAUACCAGGUAUGCCAGGUCAUGGAGCCAAAUCAGAACAACUGGCUACGGACUAACUGGAUUGAAAAGGGAGAUGCUCAGAGGAUUUUUGUGGAGCUGAAGUUUACCUUGAGGGAUUGUAACAGCCUUCCAGGCGUGGUUGGCUCUUGCAAGGAGACGUUCAACUUGUACUACCAGGAAACCGAGGUGGAGAUGGGCAGGAAUAUAAGGGAGAAUCAAUAUGUGAAAAUUGACACUAUAGCUGCGGACGAGAGUUUCACUCAGGGUGACCUGGGGGAAAGAAAGAUGAAGCUGAACACGGAGGUGCGUAUAAUAGGGCCUCUCUCCCGCCGAGGCUUCUACCUUGCUUUUCAGGAUGUCGGGGCCUGUAUCGCUUUGGUCUCCGUCAAAGUUUAUUACAAGAAGUGUUGGUCAAUUAUUGAGAACCUGGCCACGUUCCCAGAUACAGUGACAGGGUCAGAGUUUUCAUCACUGGUGGAAGUGGAGGGCACAUGCGUCAACGAUGCAGAGGAGGAGGCGGACAACUCUCCCAAAAUGCAUUGCAGCGCAGAAGGAGAGUGGCUGGUACCCAUUGGGAAAUGUAUAUGCAAAGCUGGAUUUCACCAGAAGGGAGAUGCAUGUGAACCCUGUGGUCGUGGAUUCUACAAAUCUUCAUCUCAGGAUCUUCAGUGUUCCCGUUGUCCUGCACACAGUUAUAAUGACAGAGAGGGCUCAUGGAGAUGUGACUGUGAGGAUGGCUACUACAGAGCCCUCUCGGACCCCCCUUCUGUCGCCUGCACCAGGCCACCAUCAGCUCCUCAGAACCUGCUUUACAACAUCAACCACACCACCGUCAGCCUGGAAUGGACCCCGCCAGCUGACACAGGUGGUCGCAACGAUGUGACGUACCGGAUUAUAUGCCGGCGAUGCACCUGGGAGCCAGAAGAGUGCUUCACUUGUGGGAGCAAUGUUGGCUUCUCGCCACAGCAGAGUGGAUUAACUGACACCUACAUCACCAUUACUGACCUCUUAUCUCACGCAAACUACACCUUUGAGGUGGAGGCCGUGAAUGGUGUGUCCGAUCUCAGCCGUACCCAGCGACUGUUUGCUGCCGUCAGCAUCGCCACCAGCCAAGCAGCCCCAUCUCAGGUGAGCGAGGUGAUAAAGGAGCGAGUCCAGCAGCAUAGUGUUCAGCUCUCCUGGCAGGAGCCAGAGCAGCCCAACGGCGUCAUCACCGAAUACGAGAUCAAGUACUAUGAGAAAGACCAGAAGGAUCGUAUUUAUUCCACCGUCAAGUCAAAGUCGACUUCAGCCACAGUCAACAAUCUGAAGCCAAGCACAGCGUAUGUCUUUCAGAUCAGGGCGUUCACUGCCGCAGGAUACGGCACAUUCGGUCCCAGACUUGAAGUAACCACCAAGGAAGAAUCCACUGGAUCUGGUGAGCAAACCACUACAGUCAUAUCAAGUGAGCAGAACCCAGUCAUCAUCAUUGCGGUGGUGGCGGUGGCCGGUACCAUCAUCCUUGUCUUCAUGGUUUUUGGUUUCAUCAUAGGGAGAAGGCACUGUGGUUACAGCAAGGCAGAUCAGGAAGGGGACGAGGAGCUCUACUUUCAAUUUAAAUUUCCAGGCACCAAAACCUACAUUGACCCUGAAACCUAUGAGGACCCAAACAGGGCUGUCCAUCAGUUUGCCAAGGAGCUGGAUGCAUCUUGCAUUAAGAUUGAGAGGGUUAUCGGUGCAGGAGAGUUUGGAGAGGUAUGCAGCGGACGGCUGAAGCUACCAGGAAAGAGGGACGUGUCUGUGGCCAUUAAAACGCUGAAAGUAGGCUACACUGAGAAACAAAGGAGGGAAUUCCUGUGUGAGGCCAGCAUCAUGGGCCAGUUUGAUCAUCCAAAUGUGGUCCAUCUGGAGGGUGUGGUCACCAGAGGAAAACCAGUCAUGAUAGUAAUUGAAUACAUGGAAAAUGGCUCAUUAGAUGCCUUCCUCAGGAAACAUGAUGGGCAGUUCACUGUUAUUCAGCUGGUGGGAAUGUUGCGUGGCAUUGCAGCAGGGAUGAGAUACCUUUCAGACAUGGGCUACGUUCAUCGCGAUCUGGCGGCGCGAAACAUCCUUGUCAACAGCAAUCUCGUAUGUAAAGUGUCAGACUUCGGCCUGUCCAGAGUGAUUGACGACGAUCCUGAGGCUGUCUACACAACGACGGGUGGAAAGAUCCCAGUCCGGUGGACAGCAAUGGAAGCCAUCCAAUACCGUAAAUUCACAUCAGCCAGUGAUGUAUGGAGCUACGGGAUUGUCAUGUGGGAGGUCAUGUCCUAUGGGGAGCGACCUUACUGGGACAUGUCCAAUCAAGAUGUCAUAAAGGCUAUUGAGGAGGGAUAUCGUCUUCCCGCCCCCAUGGACUGCCCUCCUGGCCUCCAUCAGCUCAUGCUGGACUGCUGGCAGAAAGACAGAGCAGACCGGCCCAAAUUCGAUCAGAUUGUCGGUAUUCUGGACAAAAUGAUCCGCAACCCCAACACACUAAAAACGCCAAUGGGAACGUGUACACGACCCAUAAGCCCUCUGCUAGACCAGAACACUCCAGAUUUCACCACUUUCCGAUUGGUCAGCGAGUGGCUGGAAGCCAUUAAGAUGGAGAGAUACAUAGACAGCUUCACAGCUGCCGGAUACAGCUCACUUGAAUCAGUGGCUAGAAUGACUAUUGAGGAUGUAAUGAGUUUGGGAAUUUCAUUGGUGGGCCAUCAGAAGAAGAUCAUGAGCAGUAUACAGACAAUGAGAGCCCAGAUGCUGCAUCUUCAUGGAACAGGUGUUCAAGUGUGAUGGGCGUCAACAGACUUAUGGAUCCGUUGAAUCCAAACUCUCCAGGACAGCACCACGGAGUGUAUGACCAGUGAUUAUCACAGCAAAAAAUACAAAAAAAGGAAUCAACAACAAAGUAAAAACCCGCCACACCCUUUCAAGGUGCUUAACCUUCCAGAACUGGCAGAAUCAAAAAAUUCCUUUGUUUUUGGCAAAGAAUUUUGGUCAAGGUGCUGAAAACCAAGAGACGGAGAGAUCAAGCGAUAGAAUCCUACAUGGACAAUGAACUUUAAAUGCUCUGACGAACUCACCACAUCAUGUUGAGAUGGAGCAUUUUAGAGGAUUUUUAUGCUUUGUAUGGACUGUCUUGGACGAAUGUUUGAUUUGUUCAGAGUUGGUAUAGAUUUCAUAGAUUUUUUUUUAAUAAAAGGGUGAAUAUAAAAAUAAGCAAAUCCAGAGAGAUUGAAUUUGUUUUGAUUUGUAAUAACCACAUUAAGAUGAUGUGGUACAUUACUCUUCUUCUAAUUUUUUUUUGCUGGUUUUCUUGGAAUUGACAACAGGGUAAAAUGUCUCAUGUGGAGGAAAAGAGAUAGAACCAGAGGCUGAACGUUGACAGAGGAGGUUUGUCUUCUCCAGCCAGCACUAUAUAUGUAAAGAUUUUUCAGAUGGAAGCAUUGGUAGUGAGACCUAGUCUUUUAUAUCAAGUAGAAAUAUCCAACCGCUUUAUACACACAUGGUUAUAUGAAGCUCCUUAGAUUGUUUUUUGUUUUUUGUUUUUCUAUUUUACUGAUCCUACAUGAUAAUAAAUAUGUGAAAUAGUACAAACACAACUGAGAAAAAUUUCAGGUGAAUUCUUUAUGUACGAACAACAAUUAUGGUGGCAAUAUUCUUUUUAAGUUUAUACAGUAUUUACCACAUGAAUGGAUUUGAUCUUAUCAGUGCUGUAGUUGAUUGUGUCCUUUUUUGAUAAUUAUAUUAUUUUACAUAAACGCAUGUUUCCAUAAUGACGGACAAAAACAAACAAAAACGUUUAGGCUGUUUUUAUUUUAUUUUUUUUGUAUAAGUUUAUUCCUAGUGGGAGACUGACCUUUAAAAUCCUAAUGUUGUGUUGUGUAGUAAUACUGCCUUAAAAAAAGUCAACUAUUGCUCUUGUUUUUAGGUAGUUAGGUUCUUUGUGAGAUCAUGGCUGAGCUGGGGAGAGACUGAUACAUAUGAGCAAUAAUUACUCAAGGCUGAGACAUAUUUGAGAUGCUGUAUAGACUUUUACUCAUGUACCACUUUGAAGUUACUUAUCAGCAGUGGUGUUUUGGAAUUUGGCAAGUUAGAAAUUAUAAAUAUAUAUAUAUAUAUAUAUAUAUAUAUAUAUAUAUAUAUAUAUAUAUAUAUAUAUAUAUAGUUUCUUCACCCAGGCUGUACUUUUUGUGUAUUUCUUUCACACGUUCUGUUGUGUUGAGCUCAAAGAUGAGGAACAGGCUUUUUUCCCCCUCAAAUAUGUUUUUAAGCUAAACUAUAGUGCCAUAACAGCCUCUCACUCUUACAAUUGAAUGUUGAUUUGAAUUCAUCAGUUGAAUCCUUCUAUUGUAAUUUUACUUAUAAGAAUACCGUUGCUACUUUUUGGUUUGAUUUGCUGGGCUGCCGUUAAAUUCUCCAAAUUCUUUAUGUGUGUGUAUAUAUAUGUGUGUGUGUGUGUGUGUGUGUGUAUGUGUGUGUGUGUGUGUCUCUCCUGUAUCAUAUCAUGCCCUGGUUAGAGGCCUAUCUCCGUUCCACUCUCCAUUCAUCUUGCUAACCUCAGCAUUGAGUCCAUGCCAGGCCUUUGAAUUGAAUGCGAGCAGAAAAGGCUCUUGGUCAGCACAAUUUCCAAGCUUCAGCGGUAGCUGCAGCCACUCAGAUCACUCUCCCCAUGCUCUGAUCUCACACUCCGGACCUCCCAGGGGCCCAUACCCUCUCCAUAUGGAUCCGGGGCCCCUGUAGAGAUAUCAAUUUGAGCCAAUUUGAGAUUAAUGCCUGGAUUCAAUCAAUCCCACACUGAGGCCAUCAUACGGGUCAAUGACAAAUCUGUCAAUUUGUCCUCUUUUUAUGCUUUGUGCUAUUUCUGACUUUUCUGGUUUGAUAGUAGUAGAGUCUUUGUCAAGACAGUUUGUGCUGUGGAUUGAUUGAUUUCAUGGUGCACCAGGGUAUCAUAUUGAAGAGUUAGAGAAAUACAUUAAGAAGUACAGAGACCCCAUCUAGAAGAAACUGAAAUGGAAUAUUCCAAAGAGUUCAGCACUGUUGAUUGUGUCAGAGUAAUCACAAAACCAGAGGACAAUUUGUAUAUGUUCUAAGUGAAAAAUUUGUAUAUUUUAUUUAUAAUUGUUGUUUAUUUUAUUUUUUCACACUCAUUUACUCUGUAGUGAGCUCAUUGAAAAUGCACUAUAUUUUUCUAUCUCACAUGCAAAUAAUUAUUAUCACCCUCACUAUUUCAGUUGUACAUAAUUUCUCAUUUAGGACCAAAAAGAGCUAUUUUAGGAUAUUGUUUUUUUUUUAUUUUAAUUUUUUUUACAUUUUCAUUUUAGGUUGAAAAUGUGCUGUACAAUUGAUUUUCUUUUCCAAUGUAUUAUUUAUUUUUCUGUGACAAGAGUGGAGAGUAUUCAUUGGUCAAAAAAGUAUUUUCCCCAACUGAGUAGCUGAAUGGUCAUUUAGCUAGACAAUUUCUUGUUGCAAGACCAUUUUUUUUCUUUUUGCUUUGUAACCUUUGUAAUAGACUGUACAUAUAUUUUUGGAAAUAUAAUGUGAUAUCUA